UCAGCAUUAAGUACUUAUAUAACCCAUGAAAUCCCUCUACCUAGAUUUCCUUCCCUUCCCAACCAUAUUUCGUCUUCAAUCCAGUUUGUUCGCAACCAUGACACUCAUUAAAAUCACCGUCAUCUCGGAUCCAGUUUGCCCAUGGUGCUAUAUCGGCUAUCGCCGUUUAACCAAGGCCAUCCGUCUAUACCAGAAAACCUAUCCCGAUGGAAGCCAAGAUCACAUCCGCAUCUCCUGGAAACCGUACUUUCUAGACCGCGAUGCUCCAAUGGAAAGUGUUCCCUACAUAGAGCGAAUGACCCAAAGACUCGGAGCUGAUAAAGUUCCUGCCGCAAAAGCUCGGUUGGAGCGACUAGGUGUACAAGAAGGGAUCCAUUUCAAGUUCGAAGGACGAUUCGGAAAUAGUCUACGUGCGCAUCAAGUGAUGUCGUUGAGCGAGUUGGUUAGUCGGGAAGAAGAGAAUUAUGGACGUGGGGAUCGCGAUAUCGCUACGGUUGUUGCCGAAGGCAUCUUCCGGGCUCAUUUCGAGGAUGAGCUGGAUAUCGCUGAUGUUGAAACCCUGGUGCGCAUUGCCGUGUACGCUAGUGAGGGGUACUUGGAGGAAGCGAGAGUGCGGACCUGGCUUGAGCAGGGGCAGGGAGUGGAGGAGGUUGAUGAUAUGGCGGCGAGGGCUCGUCGGGAGGGCGUUCACGGUGUGCCAUACUUUCGGAUUAGCGGAGGAGAGGAUGUUGAAGGUGGGGCGUUGACUCUAAGUGGUGCCCAGGAUGUCGAUGAGUUCUUGAAAGCUCUCAUUGCAUAUAAAACAGGAAAGGAACUGGAAUCUGCGGACCAGGAGGCAGGUCAGGCCAUGACUUCGUGUUGAGUUCAUGAGAUGCGUCAAGUGAAUAUGUACUAUUACUGAGUCAAGGAGCUCAUGCAACUAUGUACAAGUUUGGUCUGGAUACAUUCUGCUUCAUCGUCACUGUUAUAACCCUGCUUCUCUGUUCACUUUCCCUGCGGAAGGUAAACGCUCAUCUCAA